GACAACAUCUGCCGGAAAAAUUCCAUUCUCUUACACUGCCAUCAAACAAACGUACAAGAACUGCGCCACUUCGAGAGCAUUUCCAUCGUGAAUUAUUCUCAAUUAUCAGGUUCCAUUUCUGGCUUUAAAUGCCGUGCCAUUUCCGUCUAAUAAAACUUUUGCCAUGAGUUGAUCCACGUGGCUGUGCCACAGUAUGUGUUGCUGCUGCCUGAGGAUAUCGUUGAACCUGCUGACAAAUCUACUUUGCCGUCUCAGUGAUGACAUAAUGGACCUGGUACACUACCCGAGACGGCAGCGGUGGCCACAAUCGCUCGGUACGAUCGCAUCUAGUUGCACCAGCUCCGCAUCUCGUUCAACCGUGUUUGCUGAAGAUCAAUACCAAUGUCAAGCCGGCCGCAGGGGCCACCAUCUACAACAACAACAACCACCGCCGCAGCCGUGUGACGGUGAUGGCACUACAGAUGCUGGCACAGGAAAGGGCACUGACCUGCGACGGGCUGGUUUAUACAAUGUGAUUUACGACACUGUAGAAAUUGAGCCUUAUUUUUACCGUGUGGAUCGAAGUCAGAGUGAAAAAUUGCUCGAAAGAAGUUCGCUGGGAGCCUGUCUGGUGAGACCUUCGAAAUUUGGGCACGCCGAAAUUCGCUAUAUCCUUACCAUCCACGCCGCCCGCAGCUACUUUCACUUGUACAUCCGUCGAACCGGUUUCAAUGGAAUGUACGCCCUGGGUCUGCCCAAGCCGAAGGAGCGCCGCUUCAAGUUCCCCGCCGAUAUUGUCCAAUAUUAUUGCACUCAUCUGUUGGAAUGUGCCAACGGGACAGUGACGGUUAAACUUUAUUUACGACCGCUUGUCAAAACUACCCCGGAGUCGGCACCCGAGUUUUCACAGGGAGCAUAAAAACAACGUUUAAAACCAAUCAGAAACAUUAAUUGUAUUACAUAAAAUUGUCUAUAUAUACAAAUUUCAUCCUUCUGCAGCCUA